GCCGCCUCCGCCGCCUGCCACCAGUGCUCCUAUCAGUUUCUGGCCUUCAUCCCGGCAAGGAACGAGAGCCUGAGAAAACCGAGCACGGUGACGGUGGCCGUGGACACCCAGCAUCCGCUCACCCUGCUGCUCGAUGGCUUUUCAGGAGACAGAGAGCUCUGCACGAUUCAUUAUCAUUUUGGAGAAUUUGGCAAUUACUCCCUCGAGGUAAAGACCCUAAGUAGAAGCACCCAAACCGUUUCUUGUGACCUAAUCAUCAACGAAGGCCCUAUCAACAGCUACCUCCCUAUUCUGUUUGCGUUCCUGGUUUACAUGGGGAUCCUUGCUAUCGUGAUUGUUGGACGCCUUUUCAUGAAAAUUCAUCCAGUCAGGAAUUGGGUUUACAAGAAACUGAAUCCGAGAGAAACUGAUCGUCUGAUUAAUUCCGAGCUCGGGUCCCCAAAUGGAGUGGACUCCCUUAGCAGCGAUCCCUCACAGCAUUUGUGGAGUGCCAUCUCUCAGCAGCGGCUACGUUCCCUGGACACAUUCCGAGGGCUCUCUCUUAUAAUUAUGGUGUUUGUUAACUAUGGAGGAGGAAAAUACUGGUUCUUCAAACAUGAGAGCUGGAAUGGAUUAACAGUGGCAGAUCUGGUUUUUCCAUGGUUUGUGUUCAUCAUGGGGACAUCAGUAUCAUUGUCUCUGAGCUCCAUGCUGAGAUGGGGAAGUUCCAAGAAGAAGCUGCUCGGGAAGAUCCUCUGGAGGAGUUUUCUGCUAAUCUUGCUGGGAAUCAUAGUUGUGAAUCCCAAUUACUGCCUCGGACCACUGUCCUGGGAUAAUCUGCGCAUUCCUGGGGUGCUCCAGAGACUGGGAUUCGCAUACCUCGUAGUUGCUGCUCUCGAACUUCUGUUUACAAGAGCUGGGGCUGAGAGUGUGAUGGAGAUGCCAUGUCCUGCUCUGCAGGAUAUUCUCUCCUACUGGCCACAGUGGAUUUUCAUUUUGACAUUAGAAGUGAUUUGGCUCUGCCUGACCUUUUUGUUACCAGUGCCAGGUUGCCCCAGGGGCUAUCUUGGUCCUGGGGGCAUUGGUGAUUUUGGAAAGUAUCCUAACUGCACUGGAGGAGCAGCUGGUUACAUUGAUCGUUUGCUUCUCGGAGAAAAGCAUAUAUAUCAGCAUCCCUCGUCAAGUGUGCUUUACCAAACAAAAGUGCCGUAUGAUCCUGAAGGGAUCCUGGGAACCAUAAAUACCAUUGUUAUGGCAUUUCUGGGACUGCAGGCGGGAAAAAUUAUCUUGUUUUACAAAGACCAGCACAAACAAAUUAUGAGUCGAUUCUUUAUAUGGAGCAUAGUAAUGGGAAUUAUUUCUGCUGCCUUGACAAAAUGUUCUAAAGAUGAAGGCUUCAUUCCCAUAAACAAGAACCUAUGGUCAAUAUCGUAUGUGACAACCAUGAGCUGCUUUGCCUUCAUCCUCUUAUUGCUGAUAUAUUACCUUGUGGAUGUCAAGAAACUGUGGUCGGGUGCUCCAUUUUUCUAUCCAGGAAUGAACUCAAUUCUAGUCUACAUUGGACAUGAAGUAUUUGAAAACUAUUUCCCUUUUAAGUGGAAGAUGCAAGACAGUCAAUCCCACGCAGAGCACUUGACUCAAAACCUUACUGCAACAACUCUUUGGGUCAUAAUAUCAUACGUACUCUACAGGAGAAGGAUAUUCUGGAAAAUCUGAUGGAGUUGGUCACGGUGUAGUGGGCCAAGAUUCUGAUGGGGAAGGCAUGUAAGGUGGAUUAGCCUUAAAUUUUGCCACUUCUGCUAGGCUGUAUUACUAAAAAGGGAUCCUAGUUCAAGUUCCCAGUUCCAUGAAAGUUGUCAUCACAAGUUUCCCGUGACGUAAGGGACAGUAUUUUCCUAUUUAGCAAAGAGUUACUAACCUGCUGCAGUUGUUUCGUCUAUUUCUGUUUCCCGCAUUUUGUAUAUAUUUGUCUUACUGAUCUCUCUUUUGUAUAGAUAAACUGAAUAUGAUGCAACAGUUAGGCAGUUAAGACAGCCUGAUGGUGCUCACAAAAGGAACUACAAGGGAUCUGGGGUGGUGAUUACAAGUGAUGAUCUGAAUAGGACUGUGGUAAACAGCUGUUGCAUCUGACAAGGCCCCAACUCAUUUGGUCUGGGGUUUGUAAAAGCUCUUGGCAUUUGCAGCAUCCUUGUGCCACUCGGGCUACUGGCACGUGUUUAACUUUGCUGUCUUGUUGACUCAGGAGCACUGGCUGUGUCCUCAGCCCUGCACUUGCACACUGAGGUGCAGUGACUGCUUGGGAAAGCUCAUGGUUACCUGUGCGCUACGGCGAGAAAUGACUCAACUGAGCUUUCUUUGCUGUGCUGUCACUAGGUCUUGGAUCAAAGCUCUGGGUUUAGGGUCCUGCUGAAACCUAUUGCCAAAGAUCUAAUGGAUUAUUAAUUGGCAUAUAACUGCUACCCUGGUGGGUUUAGCAGCCUGCAUGUGAAUGUUCUGGGCCUUUGUGUUACAUACCUCUAGCACAGAUGAGGUCUUAGUUUCACGUGCUACACUCUAAGAGUGCAGAAAAGCCAUCUCCUGUUGAUUUUUAUAUAAUCACUUUGAUACUUCCGAAGUUCAAAGCAGUCCUCUUUAUAAAUUGGAUUAAUGUAAGGGCCCUGAGUCUAAGACCCAGCAAUAAGAAGAUACUUGGAGAAAGUUAAGAGGCAAAAUUCAGCCAAAGAGGAAGAAAGAAAUACCAGACUGAGUAAUUUCAACAUAAGAAAAAAAAAAAGUAAAAAUAUGAUAAUUCCUGGAAUUUCAAGAAAUUCAGUCAUGCUGUGAUUUCCAAAGCAGCGCUAAUAAAAAGCCUGAACAUCUCUACUAUGUUAUUUGUGUAUAAAGAUUUU